AUGGCGGCGCCUCCCGUCACUCCUGCUGCUCGCCCGUCCGUCGUCAGUCCAAAGUCUCUCUCCACUCCAGACACGGUCCAUGAGCAGACGACGCCGACGCUGCCGCUUACACCUUCGUCUACUAUGGACACGUAUGCCCCCGAUAUGACGACGUUAUGGCCAGAUAGUCGCUGUUAUCUCCGCUCGCUGGAGCUGGGGCGGCCCUGUCGCAACGUCUUUAACCUCGAACCCACGGCCGUUUUUCUCAAUCAUAACGCCUAUGGCGUUGCUCCGAAACCCGUGAUGCAGGCCCAGGCCCAUUUUGUCAAUAAGAUGGAGAUGAACCCGGACCGGUUCAUGCGACGGGAAGCUCCUACACUCUUGCGUCAAGCGGCGUCGUACUUAGCACGGUUCAUCCAGGCCGAGGCCGAGGACCUCGUUUUUGUGACCAAUGCCACCACCGGCAUGAAUGCGGUGCUGCAGUCGCUUGAUUUGCAGAACGAUGACGAAGUUUUGUGUCUAAACCUCACGUACUCGGCGGUGCUUCAUACGCUUCGGCAUUUGUGCUAUUGUACACAAGAGUUUGUGGAGCUGAAAGUCGUAGAUGUCGAGCUGCCUAUUGAGAGUUAUGACACACUGGUUGAGCUGGUGGUGGAUGCGAUUACGCCCAAUACGCGCUUGGCUGUGCUCGACCAUAUUGCGAGCACCACUGGGUUCGUGCUGCCAUUGGAGAGGUUGAUCCCGAUUUUUCAUGCUCGGAAGAUUCCCGUGUUAGUGGAUGGAGCCAGCGCGCCUGGGCAGCUGCCGCUGAAUCUGAAUGAACUGGGGGCGGACUUUUAUGUGGGUACAGCGUACAAGUGGCUAUUUGGCUGCAAGUCGUGCUCGUUCUUGCACGUGAGCAAAGCGUACCAAAACACAGUGCGUCCAGUCGUGACGUCGCUUGCCUAUGGCCAAGGCUUUGUCGAAGAGUUUGCGAUCCAGGGCACACGCGAUGAAGCCAACUUCUUGACGAUUGUAUCGGCGCUGGACUUUUACGAGAGUGUGGGCGUGAGUCGCGUGUAUGCGCACAACAAGUCGUUGAUUGACUGGGCUGGCGAGUACUUGGCGACAACGUGGAAGACUAAUGUGUUGCUACCGACGUGGCAACGGGCGCCGUUUGUCUGCAACGUGCGGAUUCCCGUGGAAUGGCCGACAACGUCGGAAGGCAAGCCCAUGUCCCAUGACGAAGCCAUGCCUCUAUGCGAUGCCAUUAUGGACUUUUUGGACGACCAGUACCGAAUUGUCGUACGCGUGGUGCCGUUCCAGAACCAACUGUAUGCGCGGAUCAGUGCACAGAUGUACAAUGAGCGCCGAGAUUACGAGCAAUUGGGGCAAGCAAUGGUCGAAGUUACGAACACGCCGACGUUGGACGACUAUCUCACGCGACUACGACUAUGA